AUGGUUGAUCGAGCAGACGACUGGAAUAUUAACUCGUUAUCGAAAUCGCAGAUCGAGCAUUUUAAAGCGAUUUUCGACAUUUUGGAUCAAGAUCACGAUGGUAAAAUCUCUGCAGAAGAUAUCAAGAAUACGCAUUCCAGCCUGGGAAUUAAAGAUGGGGGCGACGCUAAGAAGAUGCUUGCAGAGUCUGGAUCGGACGGCCUGGUGUUCAAUGCGUUCGUGAAGUUUAUGCACACAAAGUAUGGUGACUUCAACGACAAAAAUGAACUGGAGCAGGUGUUCUCGUCGUUCAAAAACGAGUCCAACACCAUCUACGCCGACGACCUUCGCCAAAAUAUCCUCGAUGUGGGUAAAACAAACCCAGACGCCAAAAUGAGCAAAAACGACUUGAAUAAAGUGAUAAGCUCUUUCAGUAAGAAAAACGGCCUUACUGGUAAAGCAACAUUCACAUCAGACGCAUUCAUCGAUACAGUUUCCAACUAA